GCAAACGUACCUUCCAGCUACCUUUCUCUUUCCGCAAAAUCGCGCAGGACGCGCAGAGAAAUUUCCUCAUGCCUUUUUACCCUCUCCCAGUAUCCCUUCUUCCCCUCUUUCCUUCUUCCUUCUCGCACUGAGAGAAAGAGAUAGAGAGAAAGAGGCGCACAGAGAUUUUCCCCUUCCAGUAUCCCUUCUUCCUUUUCGCGGAGAUAGAGAGAUGGGAUUAUUUGCCUUCUUCAGAUAUCUGUUUGGCUGCUUCAAGCGGCUUUCUUCUGGCGAUUCCGGCGGGGUCUCGGCACUUGCCAACGACAUCGUCAACUUCGAGAUCACAUCAAAGGUUCCCGAACAACUGAGCCGAUAUGUUGUUUCCUCCAAGAAGGCGCAGGAAAAUUGGUACAAUAAACUAUUGGAAGAAUGGAAUCAAGCCAAGACAAAACCAGAAACACUGGAGGAGGCAGCUAGGUUCAUAAUUCAGACAUUGAAGGGUCACAAAAAAGCAGAUGUGGAGGGACUCCUUGCUUUCUAUAAUCUCCCUCAAACUUCUCAAUCUUCUCAAUCUCCUCCCCCUACAGUAGUCUCAGGAGUUCCACCACCACCUAAGCCCCAAGGAGCAAAAUUUGAACUAAAAUCACUGCCCGUCGAUCUAAAAUCUAUAGCAGAUGGAGAUACGAUCAACGUUUACGUGGAUACCGCCGACCCAAAAGAGUCGCCUACUGUCCCUCGAUCAGUUCGAAAAGCAGCCACUGCAAGAGCCAAGGCUAGAGCUGCUAAGGAUUACAAGAAAGCAGACGCUCUGCAUAAGAUCAUAACAGAUGCAGGAUACAGGGUUGUGAAUGGACAAAAAGGUGAAGAAACUCUGGCAAGAAAAUAUCGCAUAAGGCUAAGGGGAAUUGAUUCUCCUGAGAGCUCCAUGCCUUACGGGACGGAAGCUAAAGAAGAACUUGUGAAGUUAGUACAAGGCAAGCGAGUUAAAGUUUAUGUAUAUGGAGAUGAUCGAUAUGGCCGUUGUGUUGGAGAUGUAUACUGUAAUGGUACAUUUGUACAGGAAAAGAUGCUGAGAAGGGGUUUUGCAUGGCACUACAAUGCUUAUGACCAAAGACCUGAGCUCGCAGCAUGGGAGAAAGAAGCAAGAGAAGCCCGUCUUGGCUUAUGGUCUGUAGCUAAUCCUGAAAAGCCAUGGGAAUGGCGAAAAAACAAAAGGAAUGGCUCUUGAGGAUACCUAUUAAUGAAUAAAAAUUAUGUCAAUGCAAAUUGUAUCAGAAUGAGUUGAAAAAUCAUUGAUUUUAUUUUGAGAUUAGUGCCCCAUAUAAAAAAAUUGUACACUAGCCUCAACAAAUUCAAUCAUUUUCAAGUUCAUCUGAUACAAUUAGGAUAUCAUUGUACAACUUUUAUUCCCAAAUAAUUCUCACGCCGCAGUUCAAGAUGAUUGGAUACAGUUUCAGAAGCUAGCUGAAGAGCCACUGUACACUGUACAGCGGGAAUGUUCUGUAUGCUGCAGUAACAAGUUCAAUAUCACAACUGAAUAAAAGCUUAAAUUAAUAAAAAAAAAAAGAUUGUACUGCUGUAAUAUUGCCAUGAUAGGGUUAUUAAACAUUCUGUAAAAUUAAUAAAUAGAGUGAAUUUAUC